ACUUGAAUGAUUGCCAACAAUUACAUGACCCAUUGUAACCCCUGGCAAACACCAUUGUGAGGUCAUAAUGAUAAAACCAGGUGCAGCUGUUACAGCUGGUCUGUAGUCAUAGCAACGUCAUUGUGAGGUCAUCACUUCGAUGAAACCAAGUGCAGCUGUUACAGCUGGUCUGUAGUCAUUUUAUGUUUAGUGGUCGAGGAGGAAGGAGCUAUUUCUGAAUCCUCAAACCAUUAUGCUUAAUUUGUAUUUUAUUGUUAUUUUCUUUUUUUUUCUUUUACUAAUUAAGUUUAAUCAAGAUCAAUCUUCAAUGAAAUUUUCAUAUUUAAAAUGUAUUAUUGUCCUGCUAUUAGGCUUCUUUGCAGGAUAUUUAGAAGUGCAAUUUAUAUAUGUAGUUGCAGGAAUACUGGUGUGGAGCUGGUACUGGCACCGAAAGCCUAGUAGCCACCCAUCAGAAAUAAAGCCUCAGGACAAAGCCAAGGAACAGACAAAGGCCCCACACAAAGUCGCAGAUAAAGAAUUUGAGAAAGUCCAGUGCCUGAGUGUGAUUAUGGAGCAUAUGUGGCCUUAUCUGAGCAAGUACUUGGUGAAGUUUCUAAAGCAGAAGAUUCAGCCCAAACUUCGUUCCAAAUCCAGAUAUUUGAGCAAUUUCUGCUUCUUUGACAUUGAUUUUGGUAAGAAGGCUCCACAGGUGACUCAUAUGAGAGUCCAAUCAGAUCCAGAGAAGAAGCAGAUUAUCAUGGAUCUCCAAAUCAAAUACAAUGCACCAGUGAAGUUGGAUGUUGGACUCUCUGAACGUGCAGCUCUAGCCAGAGUGAACAACGUAAAGCUUGAGGGAACAUUCCGAAUCAUUUUUGCCCCACUGAUGGGAAACAAGCCCUUAAUUGGAGCUCUGACCUUCUAUUUCCCUCAACGACCGGCGUUGCAGCUAGACUGGACAGGACUCACCCGCCUGCUGGAUAUUCCUGGUCUGCACUCGCUGACAAACAGAAAGAUUGUGGAGAAAAUUGCAACUUUCUUGGUUUCCCCAAAACACAUCACCAAGCGAAUCACAUCAAAAUGUGAUGUGACUGAAUUGCACUUUAAAGAGCGCAAGAACGCAGUGCGUAUCCAUGUACUAGAAGCAAGGAAUCUUGUCGCCAAAGACUUCUACACGAAAAAGUCCGACCCUUUUGUUGUUGUACGUGGAGGAGGCAAAACUUUCAAAACAAGGGUCAUAUCCAAAACCCUGAACCCAGAGUGGAAGCAGACAUUUGAGAUCUUGUUUUCUGAACUACCUGGGCAGGAGAUUGAAUUUCAGCUCUGGGACAGAGAUGUGGCGAGAGAUGAUCCAAUGGGCAGCUGUAAAAUUGCAGUUUCCCAAGUGCUCAAGAAGAAAUGCGUUGAUAAGUGGAUCCGGUUGCAGAAUGUGAAGUCCGGGGAGCUGCAUAUCAAGGUGGAAUGUCUCCGACUUCUUUCAGACCCUGCCAAGCUGAAUAAGGUGAUAAAGCAGAACAAACUAAUACAGUCCCCCAAGAGUGAGGAGCUUUCAUCGGCUGUACUGUAUACAGUCAUCCAAAAAGCCAAGGGUCUGCCAGUGAUUCGGCCGAAGAAAAGCAAAUUAAACCCCUUGGCCAAGGUGCAGGUCACUGUCGGAGACACAGUAAAGAGGAGUGGGGGUAAAAUAAAUACCACCGGAGAGCCAGAGUGGAAGAAGAGGAUCCAAUUCCUAAUAAAGAACCCACUCAAUGAAGAACUGAAGCUAAAGGUACGAAAUGAGCAGAAUAAGGUUCUAGGACGAGCCUCUGUGCCGCUUUCUCGACUGAUGAAUGCCAACGAUAUGACCAUUGAGAACUGGUUCCCGCUGAAGUCCAAAGGAAAAACGAGUGAGAUUCUGCUGAAGCUGCAGCUGAGAAUUUUGGCCCCUCGUAAUAUUAGUGUGAAGCCAUAGAACCAGAAAGAAAUUGGAACCCACAUUCCCCAGAAGAGACUCAGGGUUCCAGUGACAUAUAACCCAAAACAACCAGCACAAACUGAGGAGGAGGAGGAAGAGGAGGAGGAAGAGGAGGAUUUACACCAAUAUGAAGGAGCUUUUAUCAUUCAAGAAAUAUGUUCCUUACCU